AUGCUGGCUCUUACUGCAACUGCUCCUAAAUUACUAAGAGAAAAAAUUGAAMAAUCGCUAUGUCUUCACAAACCCAAGGUUGUASUGGCGAACUUAAACCGUGAGAACAUAUUUUUACAUAAAGAAAAACGAAAAGCUGCUUGCAUUGGCCUUGAAGCCUAUGAAUCAAUUCUUAGGCCUAUAGCUGAUGAUUUAAAGAUGAAGUUAGUUUCGUAUCCACUAACAAUCAUUUUCCUUCCACUUAAAUAUUGUGGGUAUGCUUACAAAUUAUUCUCUUAUGUGCUAGGGAAAAAUAGCUACUAUCCUUUAGAUUGUGCAAAAGUACCAGAMAAUUGUUUAUUUGCACAGUAUAAUUCACCACAGACAACAGAUAUGAAGAACCAAAUUCUAAAGCAACUUCAAGGCAAACAAAACAAAAUCACAAGAGUAAUUUUUGCAACAGUUGCCAUAGGGAUUGGAGUGAACAUUCCUGAUGUGCGUCAAGUAGUUCACAUAGGUGUUCCAAGGACCUUAGAGGCCUACUUUCAGGAAAUAGGCAGAGCAGGAAGAGAUGGUAAGCCAGCUAAAGCUCUACUCUAUUAUAAUGGGCAGGACAUUGCAACCAAUGUACCUGGUAUGUCCGAAGAAAURAGGCARUUCUGCUUACUUGAAAGGAGGUGUCUGCGCGAAGCAUUAUUGGAACAUGGGAUCACCAAUUAUCUUUCCAAGCACAGACCCAAAUCUUUGUUGCAGUAA